AUGCCUGCAGCAUACAUAAACGUGGUAUGGAGCUAUGUCGCGCCCGAGGCGGCGGCCGAGCCAAGCUGGAGUGAGGCAACACUGCCUGGCCUGCGCACCUCGUUCGAAGCCACGGUCCGCGAGUUCUUCCCGCUCCUCAACCAUCCGCUGCGGCACGCAGACGACAUCGGCUUUUAUGUUGCUACCGACGACGAUGCGCUGCCGGCGCUGUUCCAGGUCGGCGAGCGGGUGGCUGGGGCUGCGGUGCCGGAAGUGGGCGAGGCGACGGGCGAAUGGAUGCCGCCGCGAUCGAGCUACGCACCGCACGAUCCCGAGAACGAUGCCAUCGGCACAGAGCACGGCGAGCGGAGUAUGCUGGUCCGUGUCACGCCGGUGAGCAACGGGAUUUGCGUCCUGGCUUCGUUCCACCACUCGAUGGCCGACGCUAGCGCAAUGGUGGCGUUCAUGGUCGCGUGGUCGAUGGUGGCGGAGGAAGGGCUCGAGGCUGCGCGCGCACAAGUCGACGUCGUCCACGACCGCAGCCUGCUCCGCGGCAAAGCGAGCAAGGCGGAGCAAGCACCACCGGCCAACUGCGGCAAGGCCAUUCCUUUUCCGUAUGCGACAACGGCAGCUCUCGAAGCGAUGGCGAGCACAGUACGCGCGCCUGAGCUCCUGCGCAAGCGGUACACGCGAGCUCAGAUCGACACAGCCAAGAGUGCACAAGCCGAGGGCGACUUUGUGCCGACUGCCAACGAGGUGGUUUGCGCGGAUGUGCUCAAGACCGCAGCGGGACGAUUGGACGGCGACACCAAGCUGGACCUACAGUUUCCGGCCAACUUGCGCGGGCGAUACCACAGUCUCCCGGCAGGCUACUUUGGCAACGCCGUGUUGCCAUGCGUCACACAAGCUUGGCAGGCUGCAGCACUCAUCGCUGCCGACGAUGUGACUCUUGGCCGGGCGGUCCGCGCCGCCAAGGAGACGUUUACUCGGGUGGCGGCGGUCGAUGCGGUCCUCGCCUGGGAGGCGUCGCGGGUGACCAAACCUCGCCACUACAUCGAGGCUGCUGGCGAGCACGUCAUUGUCACCAACUGGUCGACGUUUCCAUUUUACUCGGUCACGCUUGGUCUCGACAUGCCGGCGUACGUCAUGCCCGUGACAACGAUGUGGUUCCCUCUGCUCGGCUUUGUCAUGCCGUCGCCGCCGUCGUUGCCGCGCGGGCUCGAUCUGAUCAUGGCUCUUCCUCAGCGUGGCACGAUCUCUUAAAGUCCAUGGCAAACAC